GGACUGAUGAUUGCACGCUCACCAAACAUCCUGCUCAGCUCAUCAUUCCGAUUAGCUUCUGGCUGCGAUGACUCAGAAGGCCUGCGUGCCACAUCAACACUCGUAGAUAUUCGGCUUGAUUAGCACUAUCGAGCUUCCCCCACUCGCGGUCGGUCCCCUCGUUUGCAGCUGCUGGCCCCCUCCUCCCUCCCCUCCCUCUGAUGGCUUCCAUCGCGCCCCUGGCGCGGUCUGCGACUCCAACGACCUUUGCUCGGAGCUACAUUCCCACAGCCAGCACCAGCUAUCGGCCCGCAGCCACUCACGUCAUUGCAUGUCGCUGCCGGCCUAGCGCCUCGCAGGCUCAAAGGGUUGCGAGCUAUGUUCUGGGCCCUCGCUUGUAUGCGAACAGCGCAAUCGAUCGCCAUGCCCAGGGCUUCACGUCACGAGUAGGCCUGCCUUGCGCGGACGCUCUUCCGCUGCGCUCGUUCAGCGGAAGGCGAGACAGCAGGAAGAAGGAUAGAGGGAAGCAGACGACUGAUGCAAGCUCUGCAACGACUAGCUUCGAGCUCUCCGCGAGGUGUCAGAGAGGAGAGACAGCAAAACAAGGUGCACUUUACUCUUCUUGGAGCUUGAUAGAUCAGCCACCCCAAGAGGCGCGAAAGGCAAGGGCUGAGCCUCGCCCCGUGCCGAUGGCAAAGUCCAUCACCUUCAAUAGUCAAAGCGCGUUGGGUCGUCGAUACCGUCAUGAGUCUGUGUCGAGGCUGCUCCACCCAGCGCACAAGGCACUCUUCUCUACGAGUUCCAGACAGAGGGAUGCGACUCUGGCACCUGCCUCCUUGCCUCAGCCCUUGCCCUUGCGAUGCACCAUCCUGGACGCCAAGGGAAGCGUAGAGGUUGUGUCAGGAUCUUUCUCCAGAGCUUCCCUCUGCGCUCAGCACAAGCUGGAAGCCAGAGACCUCAGAAAGGUGGAUAGCCGAGUACCCAACGUGGUGCCCACUAUCUUGGUCAGGGGGGAGGCGUUCUUGGUGAACAUCCUCCACAUCAGGGCGCUCGUCAAGAAGGAUCAGGUGCUGCUCUUUGAUAGCUACGGCUCGACGGACACCGCGCUACACAGUGCCUUUAUCUAUGCGCUCCAGCACAAUUUGUCUCUGCAGCCUCCUCACUCCACGCUUCCCUACGAAUUCAGAGCGCUCGAAUCAAUCCUUUCAUCCGUGCUCUCUGCGCUCUCUUCUGAACUUGGAGUACUUCGGAAUCUUAUCACAGACCUGCUCGAGGCGCUGGAAGAAAAUAUCGACAGAGAAAAGCUGCUCAGUCUGCUUCUCUACACUCGAAAGCUCCGAGCGUUUCUAGCGAGAUGCAGAGGCUCGGAGAGAUGCAUUAUGGAUGUACUCGAGGAAGAUGAAGACAUGGAGGCCAUGUACCUCACCCACUCUCGCCGGAAUACGGGCGAACACCUUGAGCUGCAGCUCCUGCUCGAGUCCUUUGACCAUCAGCUGGAAGAAUUGAUAGCGCAGAGCGAGGCCAUGUCGAGCAACAUCGACGGCACGAGGGAGAUUAUCGACUUGAUUCUCGACAAUAAUCGCAAUCAGCUGCUCACUCUGGAUUUGAGGACAUCCAUCGGAAUGCUCGGCAUCAGCGUUGGGACGUUGUGGGCGGGCUUGUUUGGCAUGAACUUGAUGAGCGGGUACGAGGAACACCCAUUCGCUUUCUACGCCACCAGCUCUGUAGCUUUCAUCUCUGCUGUCGUCGUGGGCUCGUUCGGAAACCGGAUACUGAACAAGACCAGACGGGUUGGCCUGGCCAUGCGCACUCGUCCAAGUGUUGGCAAGAGCCUGUUGCCUGGGUGGUUGCACGGGGUGGCGUCUUCGCGCAGCGCAGCAGCAAUGAGGAGAGAAGAAGCAUGGAUGGAAGCCCUCAGCUCUCAUUCAAAUCACGCAAUUUCGCCUUCGGAUGCUUUGGAAGGACACGGAUAUGGAGGCAGUAGUGCUUUGAACAACAGCACUGCUCAGCAUGGCGCACUACCGACUGCUGCCCAGUCCUCGUACACCUCAUCCGGCGCGUCGCUCAGCUCAAGCUCCGCACCGGAUGCUGUGCCAAUGGAUAGUGCGGGUCCUAAUCCUUUCGGCACAGCCGUCCCCUCCCCGCCCUCUUUGCCAAGCUCGGACCACACAAGAACGGGGCCAUUGUACGACGCAGCCUCAUCUUCCUCUUUUUCCCGCAAAGCGGGAAAGACGGCCAAGAAGGCAGACAAGACUGCUCUUGGCGGCCCUCGUCCGGGCACGAACGCUUUGGACACCAAGAGCGAGGAACCCCUCAAGCCUUGGAGACCGUUCACGAAGGGCAGCGAGUGAAUCGCACUCAUAGGUCCAAAGACCGAGAAUACACGAAGUCACAGCGGAGUCACACUGUUUGCUCUGCAAGCGCCCCAGCCUCGCCCGGCUCAGCUCUAUAUCGUCCGAAUCUCAACCUGUUCAGCUGUCCUCUUCCAUGUCGCCGACUAAUCUCUUUCACAUUACUAUUCACGCUUGGGAUAUGCAUAGAAAUUCUGCAUUGCGAAGGGCAAAGUCGAGGCCACUGGCUCAAAACGGCUGCCGUGAAUGCGCUCGCACCAGUCCUUCUUUGCGACUGCAAACGAAUCGAACCAGAUCACGAGGUUUUGGCACAGCGCAAUGCAAUGCUCCAGUGAAAGCGAAGGGAAUGAGAGUCGGGCUUCAUGCACUAUGGUAGAAGAGC